UAGGCUAUUUUGAAUAAGUUUUUUAAAAUGUGUUUUAUUGUAAUAUAUUGUAUUAUUUUAUUUGCCUGGUCACCGCCCUGAGUCCUUCGGGAGAAGGGCGGUAUAAAAAUUAAAUUAUUAUUAUUUAUUAUUAUUAUUAUUAAUAACCACUGUAUUCACUUAAUGACCACUGCAAAAAGGUAAAAUUAAGCAUAGUCACAUGGUGACCCAUUUUACAACUACUAGUUGUAAAUUGGGGCUCAAGUACUGUCAUAAGUCAAAGUCUACCUAUACUUGUUCUUGAUGGUAUUUAUUAUUUUAUCUGGAGAUUAUUUUAUACAGGAAAAUCAUCAUGUAUGAAAUAGCCAUGGGGCAUGGUUAAACUUUUUUUCUUAUGUUAAGCUUACUUUUAAAAAGCAAACAAACUAUGAAUGAGGUCUCUUUCUACAACACAGUCCUGGGAGAAGGAAAUAGGGAAACUAAUGAUUCUAUUUAACUAUUUUAUUUAAAAAAUAAUUAUAACUAGGAAAAAAAAGGUUUCCCUCACACAUAUGUGCUAGUCGUUGCCGACUCUAGGGGGCGGUGCUCAUCUCCGUUUCAAAGCCGAAGAGCCAGCGCUGUCCGAAGACGUCUCCGUGGUCAUGUGGCCGGCAUGACUCAACACCAAAGGCGCACGGAACGCUGUUACCUUCCCACCAAAUGUCCUGGAAAAAUUGACAGCAUCAAUGAAAGGGCUGAUUCCCUCUCUCAACUGCAGGCUGUUUGUAACAUAGCUAAGAAAGAUGCAGACUAUAGCGGAAAAUGGAGAUCCCCCUUCUGAAAAACAAAAUGAGGAGAAAACAUAUAAAAAGACUGCAUCUUCAGCUAUCAAAGGUGCCAUACAAUUGGGAAUAGGAUACACAGUGGGCAACCUUACAUCUAAACCAGAUAGAGAUGUACUUAUGCAAGAUUUCUAUGUAGUCGAAAGUGUAUUUCUUCCCAGUGAAGGAAGCAAUCUGACUCCGGCUCAUCAUUAUCCAGACUUUAGAUUUAAGACCUACGCUCCUCUAGCUUUCCGUUACUUCAGAGAACUUUUUGGUAUUAAGCCUGAUGACUACUUGUAUUCAAUUUGCAGUGAACCAUUAAUAGAAUUAUCAAAUCCUGGUGCCAGUGGAUCCUUAUUCUUUGUCACUAGUGAUGAUGAAUUCAUAAUCAAAACAGUUCAACACAAAGAAGCAGAAUUCCUUCAGAAACUGUUGCCUGGCUACUACAUGAAUCUCAACCAGAACCCAAGGACGCUCUUACCCAAAUUUUAUGGCCUGUAUUGUGUUCAGUCGGGGGGUAUUAAUAUCAGGAUAGUUGUGAUGAACAAUGUUCUGCCUCGAGCACUGAAAAUGCAUUACAACUACGACUUGAAAGGGUCUACGUACAAAAGAAGAGCAUCCCGAAAAGAACGGGAGAAGUCUAACCCCACAUUUAAAGACUUGGAUUUCUUGCAAGAUUUGCACGAAGGAUUAUAUUUUGACUCGGACACCUAUAGCGCAUUGAUGAAAACGCUACAAAGAGAUUGCCGAGUGCUGGAAAGCUUUAAAAUCAUGGAUUAUAGCUUGUUGCUUGGCAUCCACAUCUUGGACAGUUCAGCAAAAGAGAGAGAAGGGGAGUUUUCUCAAAAUACCUCUGAUUCUAAACGCCUAGGAGGACAAAGAGUUCUUUAUUCAACUGCUAUGGAGUCCAUUCAAGGUCCAGGAAAAUCAGGGGAUUGUGUCAUCACAGAAAAUACCAAUACAAUGGGAGGCAUUCCAGCUAAAAGCUACAGAGGAGAAAAACUGCUGCUAUUUAUGGGCAUAAUUGAUAUCUUGCAGUCUUACAGGUUAAUAAAGAAGUUGGAGCAUUCUUGGAAAGCCCUUGUUUAUGACGGAGAUACAGUUUCAGUCCACCGACCAAGUUUUUAUGCUGACAGGUUUUUAAAGUUUAUGAGUACCAGAGUAUUCAAAAAAAAUCAGCUUUUGAAGUCAUCUCCUUCCAAGAAACGAUGCAAUUCUAUUGCUGCUCUAAAAGCUACAUCACAAGAAUAUGUGUCAGUAGUUAGCCAAGACUGGAAAGAUGAAAAGCAUGAUUUACUCACAGAAGGACAAAGUUACUGUAGCCUUGAUGAAGAAGUAUUAGCCUCCCGACAUCAUCCAGAUUUAGUGCCAAGCACAGCAUCUCUGUUUGAAGCCGCUUCUUUAGCAACCACAAUUUCUUCCUCUUCUCUCUACGUAGAUGACCCUUAUCAACAUGACGGAACUAGGUUUUAUUCUAACAGUAAAGGGUUGCCUUCAAGUUCAACAUUCACUUUAGAAGACAGUGCCAUCUGCUUGACUUCAGAACAGAGUACGGUGGAAACUGAGACUGAUAAUGCUUCUGUCCUGGAUGUAUAUUUAUAACAGAAGAUGAAAGAAAACAAGCAUAUUUUAACAAAUGCACUUUCUGCACUCCAGAUUUAUGAGGAAAUUUAAGCCUGGUAAACAAAGUCUUAAUCAUCAGAGCUCUACAGAAAUCAUCAAACAGUUCUUGAACUAUAGACAUCCCACCCUAGACUCAGCAGAUGAGAUGGGAAACAUUCCACAAUUAAUCAUGGCCUGCUGUUGCCUGCUCAACUGUGAAGCCUCUUCCAUCCUUUUAGCUGCUACUUCUACUUUCGUAUUGUCUUUUCAGGACUUGAAGGUGGUAUUUUCAUUCGCAUGUAAUCAGUGAUCAUGGACAAAAAUAUCUAAUCCGCCUUUCCUAUUUAAAGAGCCAUCUUCACAGUGGUGACUAUUCUAUAAAUCAAUUCUGCUUUUCUCCCUUUCCCCCAGAAUUAUGAUUGCUCAUCUGUUAAUUUCAUACAAGAGGUAGUAUGCCUGCACAUAACUUUAUGGAAACUAUCUUCUAUAAAGAAAUUUUCACUGUUUAUUAGUGAAAUAAAGAAGCUAUUUAUAACAAAGCCUUAUGUUGUGUACAUAUAUUGUCUUUGAAAUAUUUGUGAUUAGAUAUAUUGCUUGUAAAGGAUAAAUUACAUAAUUUAUUUAGUAUAUUCUACUGUAAACUAUAGUUUUAUUGACAAAUAAAGUAUUUUGUUCUCAAAAUAAAUAUUG